CAGGCGAUGAUCCGGACUAUUCAAUCCGCGAUUUGUAUAACGCAAUCGCUAACAAACAGUACCCCUCGUGGACUCUUCACGUGCAGGUCAUGACCUUCCAAGAGGCCAAGACUUGGAAAUUCAAUCCGUUUGACUUGACUAAGGUGUGGCCGCAUAAGGAGUUCCCACUCAUCGAAGUCGGAAAAAUGGUUUUGGAUCGCAAUCCCAACAAUUAUUUCGCAGAAGUGGAACAAAUGGCUUUCGAGCCCUCAAACCUGGUGCCAGGGAUUGAGACCUCACCCGAUAAGAUGCUUCAGGGAAGGCUGUUUGCCUACGCAGACACUCAUCGACACCGUUUGGGCGCCAACUAUAAUCAGCUGCCGGUGAACCGUGCGAAGUGCCCGGUUAUGCACCCGACCCAACGGGACGGCCCCUACUGUUACGACGACAACACCACUAAUUUGCCCAAUUAUUGGCCCAACUCUUUCCUCGACACCAAAUGCAACCCUAAGUUCAAAGAGCACGUGGAUGCCAACGUCGCCGGAGAUGUCGAUCGUCACGACUCAUCCAACGACGACAACUUCGAUCAGGUGACCGACUUCUGGAACAAAGUGUUGACCGCUGAUGAACGCAUACGAUUGGCCACUAAUAUCGGCGAGCAUUUGGCUAACGCCCAGCCCUUCAUUCAGGAGCGGGCUAUCGGUAACUUCGAGAAAGUUCAUCCGGACUUCGGCGCUAAGAUCCGUGAAGUUAUCAAGAAAACCAAGAGCUCAAACCUAUAAAUGAAAGCUUGUUUUGGUCGCAAACAUUCAAGCAUUUGGUUUGUGGAUUCAAUAAAACAUAUUCAAGAUCUUAAUUGAGUUAUGGUUUCUAUUAUUUUAUGAGUAUAAACUAAAUCUGUUUAUUACUUCUAUGCAUAAAAAUCAAUGUUUUUACUAUCAAAAUGUCA